AUGGUGUGUCCGUGGCUCCCCAGAGGCCCCUGCCUGGCAGCUCUGACCGUGAUACUGAUGGUGCUGAGCCCUCCCGUGGCUUUGGUGAGGGACCCCCGACCACGUUUCCUGCUACAGUUAAAGGCUGAGUGUCAUUACACUGACGGGAGGGAGCAUGUAUGGAGUGUGACCAGAUUCAUCUACAACCAGGAGGAGUUCGCUCGCUUUGACAGUGACUUCGGGAAGUUCCUGGCAACCACCGAGCUGGGACGGCCCAUAGCCGAUGACUUGAAUAGCCAGAAAGAUAUCGUAGACAAUUACCGGGCCUCAGUGGACAGGUGCAGAAAUGACUACGAAUUCGUUGAUAUCUACCUGUUAAAGUUGAAAAAAAAGCCCCAGGUGACUGUGCACCCUUCAAAGACCCAGCACGUACAGCACCACAGCCUCCUGGUCUGCGCUGUGAGUGGUUUCUACCCCAGUAAAAUUAAAAUCACAUGGCUCCGAAAUGGCCAGGAGGAGAAGGAUGAGGUCAUGUCCACAGGCCUGAUCCCCAAUGGAGACUGGACCUACCAGACCCUGGUGAUGCUGGAGACAGUUCCUCAGAGUGGAGAUGUUUACACCUGCCAGGUGGAGCACCCCAGCCUGCCCAGCCCUGUCACAGUGGAGUGGAGGGCACGGUCUGGAUCUGCACAGAGCAAGAUGCUGAGCGGACUUGGUGGCUUUGUGCUGGGCCUGCUCUUCCUCGGGGUGGGGCUGUUCGUCUACUUCAAGAAUCUGGAAGGACAGUCUGGACUUCGGCUAACAGGACUCCUGAGCUGAAGUGGAGGGAAACGCUGGAAAGGACUCUGCCCUGUCUCCACGUCGUGGAAACGCUCCUGCUGGGCCCCGUUCUUCCACAGACACAGGGCUUUCCG